AUGGCCAGUGUCCCAGGGCCUGCAUUAGUUUCAAGAUACAAGUCUGCUGAUCAGUCUUCAACUGAUAGUCCCAGUAGUGAUUAUUCUGCUGAUUUAGCUGUUGAUGGUUUUUCUAGUACAUGUUCUCAAACAAUGCAACAGCAGAAUCCUUAUUUUUGGUAUGUUGAUUUAGGAGACAUCUACAGUGUUGACUAUGUUCUUAUAAUUCCAGAAAAUGGAAACCAAGCCAGUCUGAUUGACUCAGAGGUGCAUGUUGAAAAUGUAUUGGCAGUUCCUUGGGGUAAUAACAAGUGCGGAUCUACUAUCACCACAUCAACCGUGCUGUCUUCCUUUGGUUUCUACCAGAUAGACUGCAAUCCAUCAAUUAAUGGACGUUAUGUUUUCGUAUAUCGAAGUGGCACUAAUAACAUGAAGCUCACUCUGUGUGAAGUUCAAGUGUAUGGAGCUGUACCUGUUGAACCAGUUGUGAACUGUCCAACUAGUUUUAAUACAGGUACAUCCCCAGGCCAAUCAACAGGAACUGUAACUUGGAAUCCGCCAACAGUAACUGAUGAUAUUGACACUGGCUUGUCAGCUACUUGUACUCCAUCUUCUGGCUCAUCAUUUAAUGUUGGUACCAAUACUAUUACGUGUACUUCAACUGACAGCAGUGGUAAUACUGGUUCCUGCACCUUCACUGUAACCAUCAGAGAUAAUGAACCUCCAAGUGUGACCUGCCCUGAUGAUAUUACAGUUGCAGCUUUAAAUCAAGCUAUAGUGGCCUGGGAUGACCCAGCAGUCAGUGACAAUGUUAAUACUGGUCUGUCUGCUACUUGUACUCCACCUUCUGGUCACUCAUUUAUUGUUGGUUCCAAUUCUGUUACUUGUUCUGCUGCUGAUGCUGCUAAUAAUGUAGGCAGUUGCAUGUUUGUUGUCAAUGUUGAAGUGUUUGUACCUGAAGAGCCAGUUGUGACCUGUACUGGUGGUGUUAGUGUACCUACAUCUCCAGGCCAAUCAACAGGAAUUGGAACUUGGAGUGAUCCAACAGUAACUGAUGAUAUUGACACUGGCUUGGCAGCUACUUGUACUCCACCUUCUGGUUCAUCAUUUCCACUUGGUACCAAUACUGUUACGUGUACCGCAACUGACAGUAAUGGCAAUGUUGGUUCCUGCACAAUUACUGUUUUUGUCCAUGACAAUGAGAGUCCCAAUUUAACAUGUCCUGAUGAUAUUUCCAUGAGUACAUCCUCAAGCCAAGUUACAGUGACCUGGAAUAACCCAACAGUCACUGACAAUGUUGAUACUGAUCUGUCAACUACUUGUACUCCAUCUUCUGGUUCCUUAUUUGUUCUUGGUUCAAAUGAUGUCACUUGUGAUGCUACUGAUGCUGCUGGUAGGACAGGUAGCUGUAUGUUUACAGUUUAUAUCAUUGAAGACACCGUUAAUCCUAGUCUGAUAUGCCCCAGUAACAUUGCCAUGAGUACAUCCUCAAGUCAAGCUACAGUGACCUGGAAUGACCCAACAGUCAGUGACAAUGUUGAUACUGGUUUGUCAGCUACUUGUACUCCACCUUCUGGUUCAUCAUUUACCAUUGGCUCAACUAUUGUUACUUGUUCUGUUACUGAUGUUGCUAAUAAUGAAGACAGUUGCAUGUUUAAUGUCAGUGUUACAGGUUCUUCGGGCCAACCCACUGUGAUAUGCCCUGAUGAUAUAAACCAAUUAGCUACAGUGACCUGGAGUGACCCAGUAGUCCGUGACAAUGUUGAUAGUGGUCUGUCAGCUACUUGUAGUCCAUCUUCUGGUUCAUCAUUUAAUGUUGGUGAAACUGAUGUCACUUGUUCUGCUGUCGAUACUGAUGGCAAUAAAGCCAGCUGUUCUUUUAGUGUUAACAUAACAGGUUCUACUAUUCUCAGAAGAAUAAGAAAAUGGAGCAUUCCACAGGGAUGAACAUGACUGUUUUUGAAGUACCAAAAAAGACAAAUGUGCCGGGUGAUACCGAGUACGAAAUCACCCUGCCAACCAUUGCUGAUGAUGAUGCUACAGCGCCACCUAAGGUGGAAUCACAGAGGAGAGAUAAUUUGGCUUAUGAAGAUCCACACACGUACAUGUCAGUAGAUCCAGCAUAUACUAACCUAAAGAAGUAAUGUGUUUACAGUGGCCAUUAAGUACAGUAUGGCCUAAGGACAAGUAUACUCAAUAUAAUGGUAAUCUGAAACAACUUUGAGAACUGGAUGUUGUACUUUUUGUAAGGCAUUGGCUUACAAUAGUUUGUUGCAUUAUAUAUAUAUAUAUAUAUAUUGAAACAAAAAAUUAUGACAACAAGGCAUUUAUUUUCAAAAGUAUAUAUAUUGUUUGUUUGUUUAUUGGUUUUUUUC